AUGCUUUCCACUUCACCCUCUCCCUUCGAGCCAGAACGUCUCAGAGAUACAUCUUUACAGUCGUCCACAAUGACUCAGUUCACUGCACCUCUGAUUGUGAGACGUAGUCAGAGCAUGCAACGUGCAUAUACAGACAUGGCUUUGCCUGCAGCUCCGAGUCAAAUCAACUUGUUCAACACUCUGGAUCUCAACACUGGUGCACCACUCACACCUGCUGCACACUGUUCACAGUGCAUCCAUCUCCUCAAUCCACCAGUCAAUCUCACAAUCUGUUUCACAAGCACAACCCAACCUCCACAACCGACAGGCACACACAAUUCAACUAUUCAACUUGUAGAGACUGAGCGACGACCAAAACGUGGUGACGAAGGCUACAUCAAACGACCCGAGAACGUGUUCAUCCUCUUCUGUCGUAAAUGCUGUUGGAGAAAGAAUGAGGCAGAGGCAGCUUGUCACACUAUAGUGCAAGUACUAGGCCCAUUCGGAUGUCUGCACACGACGUGCAGUGGCGUGCGCAAAUGGAGAUGGCAGACUUUGCUGAGCAGAGUGCUUGCAAGGGCAGGGUCAACUGCAGACACUGUCAUUACUGCUGAGCCUCUCAAUGCCCUUGCAGUCAACCAGCACACCAGGUGCACCACUAUUACUAUGUAUGCAUUCUCGGAUUAUUUUCCUCCUUGA